GAUAUGAUGCUCAAGUUCUACGCCCUGUACAAACAAGCAGUGGAAGGGCCUUGUAAUGAACCUAAACCUGCUUUCUAUGAGGUGGUUCGAGGCUAUAAGUGGAGAGCUUGGAACAGCCUGGGCAACAUGUCGAAGGUGGAAGCUAUGUCUACCUAUGUGGAGGAACUGAAGAAGGCUAUAGACCUGAUGUGGCAGAAUAAGGCUUUCUUGUGGCCAUCCAGACAGGCACUUAGCCACACCAGCCUCUGCCUGUUCAGUAAAGUGCCUUACAGCCAUGCGCCUCUGACCCAGAUUAUAGAGACCAUGGCUUACACAGAGGAUGUCGCAAACUUCAUCGACGCUCUUGGUCCAUUCUAUGAGUUUAUCGACAUACCGGGAGCGAAAAACAAGAACAACAACAAUAACAAAGGGAAUGACAAGCCCAAUAACGACAAGAAGGACGAUCCUGACGGGGAUGCUAAUGACAAACCCAUCACCAAUGGCCUUAAUUUGCCCGAUAAGAUGAAUGGCAUUCACAACCUUGACAGUGACUCGGGUUCAGGGUCAGAAGCAGCACAGUCUUCGAGUCAGGACAGCUCGCCACAGCACAGUAGAGAAGAAACCAUGUCGCAGGAAGUCAGGGAGGAUGAUGAAAUACUAGAGGAUGAAGAGGAACUAGUGGUCGUCGAGGUCAGGACCGAAAGGGAAGACAAGACCACGCACACGCUGUCGCUCUCACCUAGGGUGCUCAGUGAUACAGACUCGGAUGAAGAGUAUUCAGAACCCGCAGAGACCCCCGACCAUCUUGCAAAGGUGCAGUCACUCUUAGCGGACCAGGGGCUAACUCCACCGCGCCGCUUCCACCAGUUGGAGAACCAGGAAAGCACGAGUUACCCAGCAACGGCUCCAGCUUUGUUAUCUCAGCAUGUCCCAGUCAGCAAUACGUCAAUAGAUGAUGCAGUGACCUGUGGUGGAGGAGAUCAAAGCCAUCCAGGAGGUCUGCAGAUGACACCCAGGCAGUCCCAGCAACGAUUUAGUGGCACUCCCCUAUACACAUCCCAAGUGUCCUCGGGCAGCCUUGCGACGCCCAUCCACUCGGGAGGCUUCAUCAGAGGAAGUGGAGGAGGUGGAUCCGGGGGGGACGGUGGCAGAGGAGGUGGUACAGACAUCGUAGAGGACGUGAACGCGCAGCUGGUCGUAGUGUUGCGGCGCUUACAGGCAGACAUGGAGAGCGUGCUGCACAGGCUGAACACACUAGAGACAAUCACCCUGAGUCAACACCACACUGUUUGUCACCAUUGCCAGACGGGAAGCUCCAACACCCCAACAACACGCAUGGAGCCUUCGUGGUGGCCAUUCCCAGAGCUCUCUCCACGUUCCACAUUUUUCCUGCUGGUAUGGCCCCUCAUCCUUCAUGGCGGAAUAAAGCUUCUCCUUCUUUUACGAUCACGGCGGCGACAACGAUAAGGGCUGUUUUUCCCCCUUCUAAGUUCUCUGUUCUUUUUACUAAUGAUGUGAUAUGAUGUGAAACAUUGCAACUACUUAUGGUACAGUGAAAUAGUUGUACUCUUUCUGUAUGAUUGUGAGUGUACAUGAAAUAUUUUUUGUGAGUGAGAUUUUGGAAUCCUAACGUAAACUCUUAAUGAAAUAUAUAAGUAUUUUAUAAUGUUUUGUAGUGGAGGUAUAUGUAGAUAUAGGCAUAUGAUAAUGGGUGUAGAGAGAAUAGAUAAGGUAGAGCUCCUUAAAGAAUAAAAAAUGUUAAAGCUUACCUUUUACUCUCUCAUAUAGUGGCAUUUUGUUGGAUUAAUUUUUUUUUUUUUUUUUUUUUUUUUUUUUUUUUUCUUCAUUGUUCACUGUUAGACAGGUUUGUUCUUUAUUAGUAAAAAUGUAAGAUGAUGAUAAGCUGAUGUGCAUGUGAGAUUUUCCUUUUUGUGCACAAUUGAAAAAAUAUAUGUUUUGAAUUCCCCUUGAUCUACGUUAAACAUCAGAAAGUUAUAUUGACGAUGUGCAAUUUUUCCCACAUAGCACUUUAACAUUUGAGAAAAAGAAGAAAAAAAAAGUAGCACAAUAGACAAAAUCUCUUUGAUAUUUUUCAAUAUUAUUGUACAUUCCCUUCUUUUUAAGAUAUGCUUUUCACAAACUGAAUAUUCAUAACAGCAUCUAGUAAAAGUUGCUUCUUUGAAAUGUUUGAUAUUUAUUAAUUUUUAUUAUUUGAUUAUUGUUAUUAGUGUUUUUUCUGUGUAUAAUAAGAUUAACUUAAAAGCUGGGAUUUUUUUUUCUUUUUUCAGAAUAUUAAAGAAACUAUGCUUCAUUAGAAAGUAGUAUUAUCUUGUUAAAUCUUAUAAUGACGUAAAGUUAUGUAUUUUCAGGGUAUCAAGAAAUUCAUAUUUCUGUAAGCAAGUGGAUAGAAUUUAUUUUGCGUGCACAUCACAUCAUUAUCAAAUAUAGCAUUUUUACGCCUUAGGAAUAUCAAAACUGUUGUAUGUAAUAUUUUAAAGGAUCAGCUCUCUUUUUCUUCGUAUCAUAUAAACUUGGAUUCAAGUUUUGGGAACAUAAGUUACCAUUAAUUAUAGAUAUAUGUAAGCUAUAUAUGUAUACCUCAUGCAGUAAUUUUUUUUCCCUUUCCUUUAUAUUUGUACAUUUUUAUUUUGUUGACUAUUUUUUGCAGUGAGUAUUUUUUGUGUUGUAGAUCUUGCAAACAAUACAUCUUCAUAGUUAAAUCAUAUUCAUUUUGUACUGAUGUAUUGGUUUUGUGAGUAGUAGUGUGUGUCGCACCAUUUUUUAACCAGAAUUAUUAGUUUUGCAAAUGUUGAUUUGCUGAUUUUUUUUUUAAGAAUUUGGUGCUUUACUGUAUCCUCUUCCUCAUCCCUCUCCUGCUGCUGCUCCUCCUUCUCUUCUUCUUCGUCUUCUACUUUUUCUUCUUCCUCCUCCCUCCUCCU